AUGGCCAGCAAUUCCGCUCUUUUCGAGAUAAUGGUCGACGAUACCGACCCGAGACUGGUCUAUAGAGGUCCUUGGAACAGCAGGUCAAAUGUGCAGGCCGAAUUCAAUUCCACUAGUCAUUUCACAGGAAAUGCUGGCUCGACUAUUCAAUUCACGUUCAACGGCACUGGCAUAGCCGUCUUUGGUUCCAUCGCCCCGGGGGGGAGUAAAUCCACCUAUUCGCUUGACGGAGCGGCAGGGACGCCCAACAAUGUGGCAAAAACCGGACACCCUCUGUUCCAGCAGAUGUUCUUUCGUUCCCCCCAAUUGCAGGAUGGCGAGCACACUCUGGUGAUCACCUCUGAGACAGGCGGCAAUAGCCCCUUCUUUCUUGAUUAUCUGGAGUAUACACCAUCGCCCGCAGCGAUCGUGGCUGGGAUGGCAGGGUCAGGGACCGCUGCAGAUGCUGCCAGCACAGUUUCCGCAAGCUCCUCUAACACCGGCAACAACAACCAGAACAACAGCAACAAUAGAUCAAAACAUAACAACAAUAAUAACGGUGAUGGAGGCAAAUCCGACGGCAUAUCUAAAGGGGAUGUAGCAGGAAUCGUCAUCGGAGCAUUAUUGGCGCUGAGCUGUCUGGUCGCCGUGCUCGUAUUUGCCUGGCGGCGUAAUAGACGAAAACGGCUCAUGUCUCCCACACCAUUUGAGAAGGCUCGCAGUUUGUCCGACGCUUCUUUCUAUUCACCAGGAUAUGGACCUGAUUCACUCCUCCCGAUACACUCCAGUCCUGUCUCAGUUAGCCCUGGGGAUCGAUACAGCCGGAACAGCAUAAUUUACUCUACAUCCAAUUCUCCUUCGGGAACUUAUUGGACCAAUCCGUUCCAUUCGCCAGCCGAGUCAUCACCUUUAAAACUGUUUGCAUCUCCCGUCGAAACUGAGCGACACCGUUCGUAUCCAACGCAUUCAAGCGCCUACGGGGGAGUUGCCUAUCGGUCAUCCGACAGUACGCUUGCAUACGAUUCUCCAGUGGAAAGGC